GUGUUCUAGAUCUGCAUGGAUUCGAGUCGUUUCGGGUCAAGGUAAAAAAACAGCAUUCCACGGGUUCUAGAAGGCUGGUCGCUGUGUAUAAAAGCGUCGCAACGUGACAGCUGCACAGAUCAAAGACAACUUGCUUACCAAAGCCUCCGAGAGAGAGAGAGAGACGAUACGAGCGAACACUCCAUUUACUACUACCACUGCUGUACUUACACAGUUUGUCGUGAAGCAAGAUGAGUUUGCUACCGCUUUUGCUCGAGCCAUUCGUUGAAGAGAGGGCAGUUCGAGAUCCCUGGACCGAAAUGCGACGUGACAUGGAUCGCAUGAACCGCCAGAUGCACCAAAUGUACCAUCACAUGUUCCAAAACUACCCAGGACAAGUGCGUGGAAUGCAAGAAAACCACUGUCAAAACUACCCCAUCGUGGAAGAGGAUGGUAAUAAGAAGCUGAGGUACGUCUUUGAUGUUCAUCAAUUUAAGCCAGAGGAACUGGACGUUAAAACCAAGGGCAAUCUAGUCACCGUCGAGGCCAAGCACGAAGAGAGCGGCGAGGGAAGAUCCCUUUUCCGCCAGUAUUCCCGUACUUUCACUUUGCCAGAGGGCGUGGAACCGAAAAGCUUGACCUCUGCCCUUCGUCCAGACGGACUGCUGACCCUUGAGGCGCCUGUCCCUGAGAACAUGAUCGAGGACAAGCCAAAGGAACGCAAGAUUGCAAUCCAGCACACAUAAUUUAAACUGUAUAUAUUAAUUUGUAGUGCACGAACUAUCACCUUCCCCUCGAUCUCUAAUCUACAUGUACUAGUAUGCAUGUGACUGAUGAGAUGCAUGCAGUUCUGUGUAUACAGACUGACAUUGUAGACCGGUGUCUUGACUUGAUCAACCAUGUGAGAUGUGCUUGAAAAUUUGGACAGUAAUUUUUUUGCACAAGAAGUGACUGUUUGCAGAGAUGACGUUUAUGAUGGAAUCAUGAUUAGAAAUUCUAUUUCAUUUUUUUUUUUCGUGAUUAAUCACAAAAGCUGCAGCAAUUAAGUUGAGUAAGGAGAUUAUUAUGCAUAAAGCAUUUAUUUCCAACAAAUGUUACCUGCAAGCAAAUGAUUAUUUGUCAUUUUAUACAAUCCAAUACAGAUUUGAAGCUUACUUAAUUGUUUUAAGUUUUUUAUGGUGACAUCAAUGUUCAGUGAUUUUAUAGUGUUUGUUAAAAUGUUACAACAUGUGUUAAGAGAACAUGUAAAUGUUAUUUUUGAUUUCUGUUCUUCCAAUAAAUUGAUAUAUUUUA